AUGGCCCUCCUGGCGCAGACCCUGGCACUGCUGGCAGUGACCGUGGCCACCACGGGCAUCGAGGGGGUGACCCUGGACAUGGCCCAAGACUCCUUCGAUGACCAGUACCAGGACUGUGGCCCUGCCAUGGCUGAGGUGUUGUCAACCCUCAACCGCUCCGAGUUGCAGCAGAACCCUCUCUUUGCCCAGGCCUGGACUAAGGCCACGGCUGAGUGGCACAAACGGGGGUCCCCUGUGUCCCCUCUGGCGUCCCCAGCCCACGCCAUCGCCCUCAUGGCCUUCACAAUGGAUGACCUGUACAGAGAGUUCAACGCAGCCGUGCGUACAGCCGGGCGCUCCAGCCAGGAAUACCGGGACAACUUCCACUUCAAAACGCUGCAUUUCCUGCUGACCCAGGCCCUGGCGACGCUGAGGGCAACUCGGGGACCGCAGUGUCACAACGUGUACCGGGGGGUGGACGGGGUCAGGUUCAAGGCAGAGUAUGGCGACAUCGUCCGGUUCGGUCAAUUCGCGUCGGCAUCACAGAGCCAAACGGCCUCCCAGCAAUUCGGGAUGGACACGGUGUUCCAGGUGCACACGUGCCACGGCGCAGAAAUCCGGGAAUUCUCCAAGUAUCCUCAUGAGAAGGAGGUGCUGAUCCCACCCUUUGAGACCUUUGAGGUCAUCAAAGUUGGCCAGGAAGGGAGAAGGGUGAGGAUCCAGCUCCGCUCCACUGGGACCUUCAGCAAAUACAACUGCGAGUGGCUGCACGGUGACACCACAGGUGGGAGCGUCCCUAGGGCUUCCUUCCAACUUGGAGGACUCCUCCUGGCCACCACAGCCCUGGCAGUGGCCACCGGGAUCCUCUGAGCCACGAGACCACC